GCGGGCGUGCGGAGCCGCAGCCGUUGCGGGGACCAUGGCGGCUGCAGUGCGGGGCCUGCGGGGCGCCCGGCGCCUCCUGCCCGCCGGGGCCCGGCGGGAGAGCUGCGAGCUGGCCCGGCUGGCGGGGCCCGUGUUUGUUGCCCAGCUGCUGGGGUUCCUGAUCAGCGUGGUCAGCUCCAUCUUCUGUGGCCACCUGGGGAAAGCCGAGCUGGACGCAGUGACACUGGCCGUGUCCGUUAUCAAUGUGACAGGCAUCUCCAUUGGUGCUGGAUUAGCCUCAGCAUGUGACACACUGAUGUCCCAGACAUAUGGUGGCAAGAACCUGAAGCAGGUGGGCACCAUCCUGCAGAGGGGGAUCCUCAUCCUGCUGCUGUGCUGCUUCCCUUGCUGGGCGCUCUUCAUCAACACCGAGAGGAUCCUCCUGCUCAUCCGACAGGACCCCGAGGUCUCCAGGUUAACUCAGGUCUACGUGAUGAUCUUUAUUCCAGCACUUCCUGCGGCGUUUCUGUACCAGCUGCAGACAAGAUACUUACUAAAUCAGGGGAUCAUUUUGCCUCAGGUGUUGACAGGGAUUGCAGCCAACAUCCUCAAUGCAGCCAUGAAUGCCUUCUUCCUGUAUGUGCUGAAGCUGGGCAUGGUGGGCUCUGCCUGGGCUAACACUGUUUCUCAGUACACCCAGGCCAUUCUCCUCUUCCUUUAUGUGUGGUGGAAGAAGAUCCAUGUGGAGACCUGGGGAGGUUGGAGCAGGGACUGCCUCCUGGACUGGGGCUCCUUUAUCAAGCUGGCAAUACCUGGCAUGCUCAUGAUGUGUAUUGAAUGGUGGACCUUUGAGAUUGGGAGCUUCUUGGCAGGUCUGCUCAGUGUGGUGGAGCUGGGUGCACAGUCCAUCAUCUACGAGCUCUCCAGUGCAGCAUACAUGGUGCCUCUGGGCUUCAGCGUGGCUGCGAGUGUCAGAGUGGGCAAUGCCUUGGGAUCAGGGGAUGUGGUGCAAGCCAAGACCUCCUGCAUUACUGCCCUGCUGUGCACAGAAGUUUUUGCUGUGGUGGUUGCAACAUUGCUGGGAACCUUGAAGGACAUAGUGGGGUACAUCUUCACCGAUGACAAGGAGAUCGCUACCUUGGUGUCCAAAGUGAUGAUCAUCUUUGCUCCGUUCCACUUGUUUGAUGCAGCAGCAGCCACCUGCGGGGGCGUCCUGCGGGGCACGGGCCGCCAGAAGCUGGGAGCUGCCGCCAACGCCAUCGGGUACUACGGCAUCGGCCUCCCCGUCGGCAUCUCCCUGAUGUUUGCAGCCAAGAUGGGGGUUUUAGGUCUGUGGGUAGGAAUGAUCAUUUGCAUCUCUUUACAAGCCCUUUCCUUCUCGGCUUUUGUCAUGCGCAUGGAUUGGAAGAAAGCUGCAGAAGAGGCUCAAGUCCGAGCUGGGCUGAAAAAACAACUGGAAGAUGAGAACUCCAGUGACACAGCUGCUAGCAAAACAUCUGCUGUAGAUUUUGUCUCUGUGAACGCUGACACCGCAGACACUGUGGUCCUGCCUGAGAGCAUGGUGGGAGGUGAGAGGCAACCCGACCACCAGCUGAUCACUCAGGAGGAGCUGGCAGUUGUCCUUGCUCCUCCUGCUGUGCCAUGGAGGGCCCUGAUCAUCCGUCGUGUGUUGGCUGCCACCAUUGCCAUCGCUGUCCUGCUGCUGGGCAUACUGGUCCAGCUCCUCACUGGCGAUGGCUAGAACCAGUGACACUGGGGAGCUGUGCAUGGAGCAAGAGGGCAUGUGGUGAUGUCCCAGGAGGAGGACGGUGCAGGAGAAGGAAUUCCCCCUCUGUUCCUUGCAAAGAGUCACUUUGCUCACUUUCUGGUUAGCUCGUGAAGUUUUAUCCCACAUGAAGAGUUCUUGAAGGGGGUGAGGAUGAGGCACCUGGGAAGAAAGUGCUUGAGAGCUGGUCCCUCUCCUGCGCUGCACUGGGAUGUCACUUGUGAGAGGCAGGAGUGUGUCCUGAGGCUGGCCCAGGAAGGAGACAGGCAUCUUGUGCUGCUCUCCUGCUUCUUGCUCCCUGGGGGCAUUUGAUCCAUGUCAUUUGCUAAUGGCAGAGGCUGCCCACAGCUCCUUUCCUCACACACCAAAACCAGUUUCCACCACUGCAGCAGGUCAGAGCAAGGCUGACUUUGCUGGAACUUUGCUGACCCCUCUGACUGCUGCUGGGUUGUUGGGUGCUGGCCCUGCCCUCCCUGCCGCGUGGCCGGCACGGGGCCCAAAGCAACUCUUCUUUGCACUUUUGUAAGGUGGGACUUUUGAUACAAUAAAGUUUUCUGAGUAAA